AUGGAGAAUUCCGAGAUCCUCGUCCACAUCUCCGCUCCCAGCGGGGUCAGGGAUGAUGCCCGAUAUCGAGCUCAGGUCGAGGCUAUUCUCGGCUUUCAGAGUCUGUCACGGCAGCUCAUCACCUUGACGUCCGAUGAGCGUCGAGGGAGCGAUAGUGCACCGGCUACGGGACAGCCAACGUCUCCGGGUCGAGCCGUUGAUGCAGACCCCAGAGAAGGAUCGAAAUGCACCCAGCCGUUCCUUCCUAACUUACAAAGCACGAUUCCCUUUGAAAAUGUGGAAGUGGAGUGUUCCAAUGCAGUCAGAUCCACGCCAGUACAUGAGGGACUAUUCAACGCUACUACUGGUUCAACAGCACUAACGAUCAAAGACACGACGAUUCUUCCAGAUCCUGAACUUGGUAGUGGCCGUCAAAUCAGCUCAGUCUCGCUGCUCCCCCAGUCGCAAAAUGAGCACGCUGGAAAAGACUCCCUCGAGAGUCCGGUCAGUGUCAUACCCGACUCGCAGCCAGAAGCGAUACGUAGCCAAGCUGAAGGCCUGCUUCGCGGCGUCCCCUAUGUAGCCGUUGGCUCUCCUCCGACCAAAAGACAUUGUUCAGGGUUGUCGCCGAUGCUGCAGGAAGUUGCGCCAGUCUCUGAGGCUCUCAUACUUGCUUCCAAGCUGGACGAAGAGCGCCAUGGAAAUUACGAGCUGGCUAAUCCUCGUCCUGUUCUACAAAACUCCCAUCCUGAUACACCACCACAACUAUGCCUUGGUCGUCUUCCACUAGUUAUCAAACCCUCGCUUCCUCCGGUAUCCAGGGAGCGAUUUGUAACCCAUGUCACCCCAACUCUGGCCAUGUUGACAAGACGUUUGAAACCAGCACGAACGUAUAAACCUGUGAAACAAUCUAGGGACCUGGAACAGUUGGAAAGGGGCCAUUGGUAUCUUCGCAUCAAUAUUUUGCAGCUUGAAAGAGCCAGACACCUUGGCACUCCUGGCCUACACGAAAAUGAGGCCCGAAGCUGGGACUUGGCCCGCUUCUCCCGCUUCUGGUCCUUCCUGUCGGAUUUUAUCUCCAAGGACGGCCGGGCUGGUUGGGGAGUCUGGUGCAUAUUGGAAGAUGCGCCCGAAACUCUUUGGUCAGGCUCAACCGACUGCCAGAUCAUGCCACACAGAACGACAGCGCCGAUCAUGUCUGACCGAAAGACUAAUCCCCACAGCUUUGUUCGGCCCGUGAUACUGAAACUCUACGCGUGGGGCGAGAUCGCGCUUCACAUGUAUCUGCUCCUCUUUUUAGCCAGCGAACGAAGAAUUCGCAAAAUGGGCGCGCAGUGGCGAGACGGUCGCGAUGAGGUAGUCAUUGAGAUGCCCUAA